AUGGCACCAAAGGCUGAAAAGAAACCCGCUUCCAAGGCUCCAGCUGAGAAGAAACCAGCUGCUAAGAAGACUGCUUCUUCUGACUCCAAGAAGAGAACCAAGACCAGAAAGGAGACUUACUCUUCUUACAUCUACAAGGUGUUGAAGCAAACUCACCCUGACACUGGUAUCUCGCAAAAGGCCAUGUCUAUCAUGAACUCUUUUGUUAACGAUAUCUUUGAGAGAGUUGCUUCUGAGGCUUCCAAGUUGGCUGCUUACAACAAGAAGUCCACCAUCUCUGCUAGAGAAAUCCAAACUGCUGUUAGAUUGAUCUUGCCCGGUGAAUUGGCCAAGCACGCUGUUUCUGAGGCUACCAGAACCAUCACCAAGUACUCUUCUGCUGCUAACUAA